AUGUCUGCUAGAUACUCUCUCAGGCAGACGCCGAGGAAAAAGGAGCUCUUUGAUGGCAUGGUCGAGACUCCAGCCCGCCGCAACACCCGCCGAAAGACCCCGUUGGCCACGACUGAAGACGAAGCCGAGUCCACACCGCCUCCCGAAGUCAUGGAGAGCAAGCCGUUGCGCAGGCGCACUGCGCCCAAGUUCACCGAGCACAUCGACGAACUGACACCGCCUGAGACGCCCAUUGACAGCGACAGCGCCGAAACGUCGUUCUCCAAGGCCAAUGACAAGGAGGCCAAUGGCGCGGCGGUCGAGCCGAAGAAAAGGAUCUCGGACGCGGAUUUCUCGGGCGAGUACGAAUUCGGCGGUCCUUGGUUCGUCUCGCUCAUGAUGGUCGGCUUUCCCAUCCUCAUGUGGUACAUGUGGAUCGGCGCGACCUACUAUGACGGUGGCUUCCCCGUCCGCACCACCGGCCAGAGCUGGGGCGACUUCGCCAGCCACCUCGUCAACCUCGUCUACACGGGUGCCUUCCCGCACACCAAGGCAUGGAUGAUAUACUGGAUCUUCUUCAUCGUCGAGGGCGCCUUUUACUGCUUGAUGCCGGGCAUCUGGGCCUACGGCAAGCCGUUGGAGCACAUGGGCGGCAAGCAGCUCAAGUACUACUGCUCCGCUUACACGUCGUGGUAUGCCACGCUCACCAUCGUCGGUGGCCUCCACUUCUCGGGCGUGUUCCCGCUGUACACCAUCAUCGACGAGUUCGGCCCCCUGCUGUCCGUCUCGAUCCUGUCGGGCUGGCUGGUGGCCAUCGUUGCGUACGUGUCGGCUCUCGCGCGCGGCGCCCAACACCGCAUGUCGGGCAACAACGUCUACGACUUCUUCAUGGGCGCCGAGCUGAACCCGCGCAUGUUCGGCAUCCUCGACUUCAAGAUGUUCUUCGAGGUGCGCAUGCCGUGGUCGGCUUCCCUGAUGCUCGCGCACUUCCUCUACGGCAACGCCCACGGCCAAAGAGCGAGAGAGCUCAUCGUCACUACCUGGGACAUGUACUACGAGAAAUGGGGCUUCAUGCUCAUCUUCUGGAACCUGUCGGGCGUGCCGCUGUCGAACCGUUGGGCGCUCGCCGCGCUGUAUGUCAGCUACGUGUUCGUCUACUGGAUCUGGGACAGCGCCAACAGCCAGAAGAACCGCUUCCGCUCCAUGGAGCGCGGCACCCUCGUCAAGCGCAACACCUUCCCCCAGGUGCCCUGGCAGACCCUCUACAACCCCAAGACCAUUGAGACCGGCCUUGGCGACAAGAUCCUCGCCGACGGCUGGUACGGCAUGGCCCGCAAGGUCCACUACACGUGCGAUGUCUACUUUGCCACCACCUGGGGCCUGAUCACCGGCUUCAACAGCCCUUUCCCCUGGUUCUACCCCGUGUUCUUCACCGUCAUGAUCGCCCACCGCGCGUGGCGCGACAUUGCUCGCUGCAGGGAGAAGUAUGGCGCGGCGUGGACCCAGUAUGAGAAGCAGGUGCCGUACCUGUUUAUUCCGUUGGUACCCCUAAACGAGCUCCCUAACACCCCCCGUGCUCAAGAACAGCGAUGUACGACAGUCCCUAGGGACAAGGACGUCAUCACCAGUGCUGUCCGGCUGCUACCCCUGAGCCCUCGAAUCAGAACUCAAAGACGAGGCAACAGACACGUCCAACAAGCGAGCUCCGAACCGCCGCCGGGACCGAGAAGCCCUCGGACCGGGCGCGGCUUGCUUGUGGUUGUUGAGGCCGAGGUCGUUUGGAAGAGUUUUUCUGUGCGGAGCUUUUUGGUGUUUUGGCAGGGAGACAGGGGGACAGGGUUAUUUUUGAUGUGGGGCCGGCAUCGGUUGCUUGGUGGGAUGGGCGUCAUCAGUGCUCAGUCCCUUUCCCCUAGUAUCCAGGGUCUGUCGGACACCCUCUCCCACGAAAUCGAUGGGUUCAACGCGUUCUCUGCACGUCAGACCGCUGUCAUCCAUUUACGCAUCGCCGACCUCGAGGAUCGUUAUGGCGUGUCGAUCACCACUUCUGAGCCACCCGCAUCGGAGCUUUGUCAAGUCGUGGUGCCCGAGCUGGAGGAUUUACAAGCUUCGCUCGGUGACAUCCAAACGGCCAUCCUACAGCUGGACUGGUACAACAGGGUCAAUCAGGAAGCUAUACAGAGGCUUAAAUACAAACAGGAACUCGUCGCUGGGAGACCGCCGCUGCACAGCAGAUCAUCAACGGUCGACGCCGCUAGAUUGUGGGGCUCGGAACCGCUCGCUAGCCUGAACCAGUUCCGGGUCACCGUCCGUACCGCCUUGACCGCAGGCGGACCCGCACGGCACACCUCGUUACUCUCCCGGCGAUGGCUCCACAAGCGGGGACUGGGCAUCCCCGAUGCCGCACGCCGGGCUGUAGCCACCGACGACUCCGCGGCACUGGACCAUCUUCUGCACCAAGUAUGUUCUGAGAAAGAUCGAACCUUGUUGGCACGAGCCCUACUCCAACUUGCCGCGGUUUACAGUGCGCCCAGAUGUUGCGCCUUGCUCACGCCCCUAUCCGCCGGCCGUCUUGCUCAUGUCAAAGAGGAUGCCGACUUUCUACAUCACGUCAUCAUUCAGAUGGGCCGGCAACGAGACGCCGAUUCGUCUCAGGGACUCGACCAAAUACUGCGCGUCCUUCCUGAGAGCGAACGGUGGGUACUCCUUCAUGCGGAUGCACUCGGUCGUCUUGGUCUGCAUUACGCAGCGGUUUACGGCUUGGCCGGCGUGUGCCGUCAUAUUUUAUCGUGUAUGGCUGAGUGGGGAUGGUCAACUCGGCGUCGACACCAGGCCAUCUUUACUUGCGAUGCCGCUGGUGAAACACCUCUCGAUUUGGCGGUCGACAGGGGCCAUGCUGCCGUCGUGCGAGCAUUGCUAGAGGCGUUGGGAGGAGAUGUAGUCGAGAAUGAACAUGAGGAGGAGGCGAUGCCGCAGCAUCUCAGUAGCGGUAGGAUGCCGUUGGGCCGGCUUCUUCUCACAGCCAUUCAAGCCGGGUUCGAGGACGUGUUUUCGGCCCUUCUGUCAGCCGGUCUUGGGCUCCAGGACUUCCGAAACGGCAACGGGGAGACGGCCAUGUAUGUUGCGGCACGGCAUGGUCGGGUGGGAAUGGUACGAGCCCUCUUACUCGCCGCUGUUGACCCCAAUUUGGCCGAGACGGUGCGUGGAUGGACUCCCCUUAUGAUUGCCGCCAUUCAGGGGCACCAGGAAGCGCUCGAGCUCCUCGUGAAUGCCGCCGUAGACCAGGACGCGCGCGAUCAUGAUCGAGGGUGGACAGCUCUCGACCACGCCGCGUAUAAGGGGUAUCCAGCCAUGAUGAAGAUGCUUCGACGGCAGCCCUAG